UGUAAACAAACAGAAAAUGCAGUCUUUAAACAGAAAGCAGUGUUUAUAAAAUUUUUAAAAGAAAAAGUGUACUAAUAAAAUGAAUUGGUGUCAUCUUUGUGGUUCUGCAGAUCAUGUGUCUGUGACAGAAGCAGAGUUUGUUCCAUUAGCACAGAAAAUUUGUGAAAUUUCAUUGGAUGAUAAUCUUCAAACAUGCAUGGAUUGUAAUAUAUUUCUAUAUCAAAUUCAAGUAUUCAUUAAAAAAGCUCGAAAUGUUGCAAAUAUGAUGGCAACAUUGAAGAAAGAAAUGAGUUCGACUCAAUCAAAAAAUGAAAUUAAUUCAACAGUUACUGAAAAAUCAGCUGAGCAAAGCUGCUCAAUUAACAAUCAAGAACAGUGCAUAAAAAAUGAAAGUAUACCAAAUAUUGAAGAAAUAUAUGAAGAAGUGGAAACAAUUUAUGAGGAAGAAGUGAUGGAAAUUAAUGAUGAAGUUAAAAAUGACGACGUUGAUCCUGAUUCCAUAUCCCAAGAACCUGACCAAGAUGACGAUGAGAAAAUGUUUACCUUCAAGUGUCAUGUUUGUGAUGCUCCUGAAUUUAAAAAAAUGUUUCAACUCUCUGCUCACACUCGAUCCAAGCACAACGCAUUGCCACAAGUGAAAUGUUAUUGUAACAAAUAUUUGUCAACAAUGAGAGGAUUACAACGACACAGAGCGAAACACUUUCCCCGCAAGACUGAUAUAAAGUGCAUCGAAUGUAGACAAAUAUUCAAAACAAAAGCUGGAUUAGAUAAACAUUUUGCAAAGCGCCAUGGGCCAAACAAAAAGUUUUUCAUUUGUUCUCAAUGUGGAAGAAAUUUCUGUAACGCAAAAGUUCUUGAACGACAUGAGAUAACACAUGAGUUGCCUUCUGAAUUAAGAAGAAACUUUGCAUGCUCUGAAUGUAAGAAAUGUUUCAUCAGUAAUCAAGCAAGAAGUUUUCAUUUUGCCAAAUACCACGAGAAAAUAUUGUCGUAUUUCUGUGAAAUCUGCUUCAAGGGAUUUUACACAAAGACAAGCUUAACAUCUCACGAAGAAACUCAUAAGCCAAGUGAAAGUGUCGUAUGUGACUUAUGCAAUGGAAGUUUUAAGACAUUAAAAUACAUGAAGAAGCAUCGCAGCUCACAUUUUCUGCCACUUCAUGGAAGUUAUUUCUUAUGUGACAUUUGUCAUAAGCAAUUUAGAAAAAAGUCUUUACUAAGGGCACACAUGCUUGUUCAUAGUAAAACCGCAGAACAUACUUGCAAUAUUUGUCUACGAUCCUUUAAGAAACGAGCUUAUCUCAACACUCACAUGGUAACACAUACUGGAGAGAAGAAAUUUCAAUGCAUGUUUUGCAAUCGAAUGUUUGGUGAUGCUGGAAAUUGUAGAAAACAUAAGCUGAGGGAUCAUCCUGGAGAGUUGGCAGAAUAUGAAGAAAGAAAUGGGAAGCGAGGUGUUCCGAAUACAAUUUUUAUUGACAUUCAAUGUGAAUGAAAAUUUGAAUUUUUUAUUGAUGAAUUAAAUAAAGCAAAUGAAGUCAUUUUAAUUUCUGAAGAAUUUGUCGAUAUUUUUUUCCUGUCAAUCCUUUCAUUGAUUGA